UAACUCACUUCUGUAUAUUUCAGAGAUGAAGUUGGCGCUCUUUCAAACGUUUCUCUGGUGCUUCUGUUCAGUUCUCGUCAAUGUGUCGUUCCUGCUGUAUCGUCGCCUCACAAAUCGAUUGGUGGGAAAACUAAAAAAUCUGAUGGAGAUGUGGAAAGCGCAGGUGGUGCUGGUGCACCUUCUGCUGACGGCGUGCCUGUUGCGCAUCUACUAUCAGCCCGGACCGCUGGAUCAGCUGGAACCGCAGAAGACUUUGCCGGAGAUGGGGGUCACGGCAGCCGCCGAUCGCCUGGUGGUCUUCCUUAUCGAAGGCCUCAAUGCAGGGACCUUCUUCUCGCCCAACCUCAGUAGGACUUCCUACAUGCGUGAUAUAAUCCUGCGCGAGGGUCUCGUGGGCAUAUCCAAAACAAGUGUUCCCACUCUGACCCGAUCUGCGGAAGUCGCCCUGCUCGCUGGAUUUAAUGAGAUGCCAUUGCUACUGUCAGCGGAGAAAUUCGACUCCAUUUUCAAUCGCACCUUAUCCUCCAAAGGGGGUACUGUCCUCAAGAUCUCGGACCUGGCAGAUCUUCGCGUCCGCCUGAUGAAUGCUGCUUGCUUGAGGAAGUUGCAGAACUCAACUAGGCUGGUGAUGUUCGUUCACCUGGAAGAUGUCGGCGGAGCUAGUCCCAUUGAUACGACUUAUCUGAAGAAGCUCCACAAUGCCCAGCGGAAUAUACGGGAUGCCUAUGAACUGAUCGAGAGCUCCUUUAAUGACUACAGAACUGCUUACCUCUUGACCUCUGCUCACGGCCUUAGCAUUUUGGGUUCUCAUGGCGGCGGCUCGGAUGAAGAGAGGGAUACGCCCUUCUUCCUCUGGGGAGCCGGCAUAAAUCACACCACCAAAAAUGCCUCCUUAAGUUUUGAGGUCGCCAGCAACGUUACCCUCCAGCUCCACAAGUUGGACCAGAUCCAGUUGGCUCCUCUUAUGUCUGCCUUGAUUGGUCUGCCACCGCCAGUUAACAAUUUGGCCAAUUUGCCAGUGGGCUACGUGAAGGUAUCGCGGGAAUACAAGAGAGUGGCCAUGCACCUGAAUGCUCUGCAACUUCUGGCCCAAGCCAAGGCCCUCAUAAGGCGUCACGAAGAGGGAGUGCUGAACAACUGGCUUCCGACCACCAAGGAUCUGGACCUGCAAAGGAUUGCCUACUAUCAGAACCAGAUGGAUCGCCUAAUAGAUAUGGGUUUGCGGAACAAGGCGGUGCAGACGAGCAUGCUGGCAAUCAAAGUGGCACAGAAAUCCUUAAAGUAUUACUGUGGAUAUUACCACAUUCCAUUGGUGGUCACGACGGUGCUGGCUCUUUUGGGCUGGCAAUUUUUCCUCUUGUUGAAGCUGUCACGGAACUCUUGGAACUGCAAGGAUAAGCGCAGGGGCUUCCUCACAUGGAGCACUGUAGCAUUGGGCUCCCUUGGCCUUCUUUUGGGCGAGGUGGUCUUUCUGCGGUGGGCUUCAUUUUGGACGGUCAUGUGCUUGACGGUGCCCUUUGUCAUCUGGAUUCUGACACUGGCCGAGUUGCCCCUGAAGGGUGGCUGGAUCUUUGAGCCGCUGAAGCAUCUAAGAUGGAUAGUAGGCCCCGCAGCAGGGAUCAUUGUGGCCCUCCACUGCAGCUGUCCCUUCAGCCUGUUCUUCAUUAUAUGUGUCAACAUCUACAACAAACGCGCCUGGUUCAACAUUACGGCUAAGUUCCUGGCCUGGCUGGCUCUCGUGUGCCUGUUGAGUGGAUUCCUCUGGUCCCAGAGGGGAAUGCAGAUCCUGAUGACCACCAAAUACCGGGUGAUUCUGCAGGUGAUCAGCAUGCUGGUGGUGAUCCUGCGUCCCCUUCUCCUUGGCGAGAAUCACACGUGGAAGGUGUGGUUGAGCAACGCAGGAAUACUGGUUAUUGGAGGAAUUGGAAUCUACUUCAGGGAGAUGGGCAAGCCGGUUCCCCUAUACAUAAUGGCUGUACACUGGACCUACCUGAUCUAUGCCCUUGUUUCGAUCCCAUACGGCGGAAGUUCCUGUCCCCUAUCUCGUCUGCAGAUGAUUCGCUUUAACCUACUAACAGUCCAUGCCCUACUGAGCGACUCCUACACAUCCCUCUUUGCCCAGGCUUUGAUCAUCGAAUAUCAGAUGGGAAUCGAGGUGCACGAGGAGAGCAUUAUCGCCGACGAGGAUGAUAAUGUGGAGAUAAGGUUGGAGGGACCGCUCUAUCCCCCGAGGCAUCUGGAGAUGUCCUAUCGCUUCGCCUUGUCCAUUCUACUGUACUUCUAUGUCUCCAUGUUCGGAACUGGACAUUGGUUGAGCAGCUUUACCUACUUGGCCAACACUGCGAGACUCUUCCUUCCGGAUUCCUGCAGCGUACCGAUGCCAUACCUAGUGCUCAUCCACUUGCUUAUACCCUCGGUGAUAAUCCUGUCCAGCUUACAGGCACUGAGCGCCUUUGGACGACAGGAGAUGCGCUCCAUUUUCUACAGUGUGAUGCUCAUAUGCAAUGUCGUCGUUUUGUUCUUCGUUGUUUUUGUUCCUCACCACCUUAAUUGGCCAUCAGUCCACCCAUCCGUAAUCACUGCGCUUUUGGCCGAGCUGACGGUGGUUCUGCUUUUGGCCUGCGACACUGCUGUCGCCUUUUUCUUCCGGGGCACCAUGAAUAUCAGACCUCCAAUCCCGAGACGAAGCUUUGAGGAAACCCAACUCAAAGGACCAACUGGUAACACCGCCACGUUUACCACAAGUCAGGUCUGAUUGGUGGUCUCAAAGUCCCAUAAAUUAUCAAACCUCCAACAAAUUUGUGGUCUACAUGUUCAAAAUUUGGUAAAAUUUUCACUGUACUUUUACUAAAAUAGAAAUCUUUAGAUUUUUGAUUUUCUAUAAUCAAAAAUUGAAAUAUUUCUUUGUAAACUCAUAGGUUUAAACUUGUAAUAAAUCGAGGUUCUUUGCAAUA